AAGUAUAUAAACUCAAACCUUUUCUCCAUCUCUCUCCGCUGCGGUCUCACCGUGCUGACCACAACCCCCCGACUUCGUCUUCCGUCGUCCUUAACUUAUCCCUAUUUAAAAUAAAACAAAACUAAAAAAAAUGGCCCAGGCUCCUCCUCCUUCGUCUUCUCCUCCGGCUACAGACGGGACAACGGUGGCUUCUGAUGGACUCAAUCUCGGUUCUAUGUGCUCCCUCUACAUCGGAGAUCUGGAUUUCAGCGUCACUGAUUCUCAGCUCUACGACUAUUUCACCAAGGUCUGUCAGGUCGUAUCCGUUCGCGUUUGCCGUGACUCGGCCACCAAUACUUCUCUUGGAUACGGCUACGUCAACUACAGCAAAAUCGAUGAUGCGGAAAAGGCAAUGAAGAAGCUGAAUUUCACUCAUCUCAAUGGCAAGAUGAUCCGUGUUACUUACUCUUCUCGGGACUCUGCUGCUCGUACAAGUGGGAUUGGCAACUUAUUCGUCAAGAAUCUGGACAAGUCGGUUGACAACAAGACGCUUCACGAUACCUUCUCAGAGUGCGGAAACAUCGUGUCCUGCAAGGUCGCUACUGACCACAUGGGCCAGUCCAGAGGAUACGGUUUCGUGCAGUUCGAGAGCGAGGACUCAGCUAAAACCGCUACCGAGAAGCUCAACGGUAGAAUCCUCAACGACAAAGAGAUCUUCGUCGGACCGUUUCUCCGGAAGGAGGAGCGUGAGUCUGCUUCCGAUAAGACCAAGUUCACCAAUGUCUACGUGAAGAAUCUCUCGGAGACGACUACUGACGAUGAGCUGAAGGCUGCUUUUGGACAGUACGGUGGCAUCUCGAGCGCUGUGGUUAUGAGGGACGGAGACGGGAGGUCCAGGUGUUUCGGGUUUGUCAACUUCGAGAGUGCGGAAGACGCGGCUCGCGCUGUUGAGGGGCUUAACGGGAAGAAGUUUGAUGAUGACAAGGAGUGGUAUGUUGGUAAAGCUCAGAAGAAGUCCGAGAGGGAAGUUGAGCUGAGCAGAAGAUAUGAGCAAGGCGUGAGGGAGACGGCGGGGAACGGAUUCGAUGGUUUGAAUUUGUAUGUUAAGAACCUUGACGAGACCGUCACGGAUGAGAAGUUGCGUGAGCUGUUUGCUGAGUUUGGUACUAUUAUUUCCUGCAAGGUUAUGAGAGACCCUAAUGGAAUUAGCAAAGGAUCAGGAUUUGUUGCCUUAUCUGCUGCCAGUGAAGCUUCUAGAGUGCUGAACGAGAUGAAUGGUAAAAUGGUUAGUGGCAAACCGUUGUAUGUGGCGCUUGCACAAAGGAAGGAAGAAAGAAGGGCUAACCUGCAGGCACAGUUUUCUCAGAUGAGACCUGCCUUUGUCCCUGGUAUGAGUCCUAGUAUGCCAAUAUUCCCAGGUGGUGGUGCUCCAGGUAUUGGACAGCCCAUGUUUUACGGUCAAGGGCCUCCACUAAUCAUCCCUCACCAGGGUGGAUUCGGAUAUCCGCCUCAGAUGGUUCCUGGAAUGAGGCCAGGCUUUUUUGGGCCGAUGAUACAGCAAGGCCCACGACCAGGUGGAAGGCGGCCAGGUGAUGGGCCCAUGCACCAUCAGCUUCAGCAACCAAUGCCUUUUAUGCAGUCACAGAUGAUGCCAAGAGGACGUGGGUACCGUUACCCACCUGGUAGAAACAUGCCAGACGGUCUAAUGCCAGGAGGAAGGGUUCCAUUUCCUUAUGACUCUAAUGGAGUGCCUCUUGGUCAGCAUUUGCCCGCCGGUGCAUUGGCUUCUUCCCUUGCUUCUUCCCUUGCUCAAGCUUCCCCUGCUCAGCAGAGAACUCUUCUGGGUGAGAGUCUAUACCCAUUAGUGGACCUGAUAGAGCACGAGAACGCUGCCAAAGUGACGGGUAUGCUUUUGGAGAUGGAUCAGGCCGAAGUUUUGCAUCUGCUCGAGUUCCCGGAAGCUCUAAAUGCUAAAGUUUCAGAGGCAUUGGAUGUGUUGAGGAACGUGAAUCAGGCAACACAGGGGAGUGAAGGCAAGAGUGGAACCCCAAGUGAUCUCUUGGCUUCACUUACCAUUCAUGAUCACUGAUGAGUAGCUUUUGUCUGAGUUCUACUCUUAACUCUCUCUCUCUCUCUCUCUCUCUCUCUCUCUCUCUGAUUGACUAUUUUUGUGGGAACUGGUUUCUCUCUCUCUCUCUCUAUCUCUGAUUGACAAUUUUUGUGCGAACUGGUUUGCGUUCUAGACUUUUGCUGGAUGUGAUGAUUGUUUCUGUUUUGACUCUAAACUUGGAAUGAUGUUUUUUUUUUGGUUGGAUUA